UGCGCGCGGAACCCAACCGGAAGCGAAUAGAGAAACAAUAUGGCCGCGCCGGUCCCCGGUGUGGGACGCCUGGAGGAAGAGGCGCUGCGGCGAAAGGAGCGCCUCAAGGCGCUGAGAGAAAAGACCGGGCGCAAGAAUAAGGAAGAUGAGGAACCAAAAAAUAAACACUUCAAAGAAGAAGAAGAAGAAGAAGAAGGGGGUGAGAAACAUAGGGAACUCAAAUUAAGGAACUAUGUCCCUGAAGAUGAAGAGCUAAAGAAGAGGAAAGUGCCUCAGGCUAAACCAGCUUCAGUGGAAGAGAAAGUGAAAGACCAGCUGGAAGCAGCGAAGCCUGAGCCCAUCAUUGAGGAAGUGGAUUUGGCCAAUCUUGCUCCCAGAAAGCCAGACUGGGACUUAAAAAGAGACGUGGCAAAGAAACUGGAAAAGCUAGAGAAGAGGACACAGAGAGCCAUUGCAGAACUCAUACGAGAAAGACUUCGAGGCCAAGAAGAUGACCUGGAACCUGCAAAGCAAGAAGAGAGUGACUCAGAUUAAAGCAGUCUUUCCUCAGUCUUUGGCAACACAAGACAGCAGUGUGAACUGAUCUUUCUAGGCCAGGCACAAAGACCCACCCCCUAUCUUGAUCCCCAGAGUGACCUCUGUUGUGGUACUCCUUUUAAUGCCCGUCUGAGUGCAUUUUAGAACAAUACAUUUUAGAGUUGUGGCUUAAGAAUCUGGUAUAUGAUGGCUGCCAUCUAAACUUUAAAAUGAGCCAUAGCAUGAUACAGCAGUGAAAGCUUCUCUGAUGUCAUCACUGUGUUAACAUUUUCUAUCAACUCAUUUGAUGGCAUAUUCCAUUUUUAUUUUACUUUAUUUAUACAUUUCAGUUUAUUAUUUAUUUUUAACAUUCUUAAAAACAUUUUUUGAGUUCCAGAUUCUCUUCCUUCCACUCCCUUUACAUUCACUGAGGAGGCAAGCAAUAUUAUAUUAUUCCUGUGAAAUCCUACAAAACAUAUUUCUAUAUUAGCCAUAUUUUUUUUAAAAAAUAAGAAAAAUAAAGUGAAAAAAUUACACU